CAAAGCCGAGUAGCUCAACGAUAUCCCCACAGGUACUGACUCACAGACAUGUAGAGCUAUCCGGCUGAGGCCCAACAACGCAUCACCACGAAAGGCCAUCUUCCUCUGCUUCGAUGCGCAUUGCCUGAUAGUGCAACCGCACUAUGGGCAGCUAUGAAUGCAGUAUGUGGCGAUUGCACUCAGCGUCUAGGAUUCGCGGCUGACCUGUCUGAGGGGCCCCAUGGCUUCCCAGUGCGAAUGCUGUCCAAAACAGGCCUUGUUCCGCUGCGGCAAGUGCAAGUCUGCCCGCUACUGCAGCCGUGAAUGCCAAAAGGACCAUUGGGCGCACCACAAAACCCAAUGCGCGGCUUUGGCGGCGGCGACGAAACAGGCAGUAUCGGCAGCGGGUGCAGCCGCGCAGGGCGCGGGCAGCUCCAGCUCUACAUCCCCUGCCCCGGGGCUGACACCGCAUCCACCCCUUCAGCCGCAGCCGCCGCAAACACCACAGCCACCAUCUGCUCAGCCGCCAGCUGAACGCGCAGGGGCGGGCGGUCCAGGGCCAGGUUUAGUGUCCGGCGGGCCCCGCAUAAACCCACGGCUUGCUCGCCUGCUCGGCGACGCCCCGCCUCUGCUGCAGCCGGACCCGCCUGUACCCAAUGCGCCCCCAGCUCUGGGCUCAGCGGUGGCAGCCGCAACAGCAGCAACAGCCACAACAUCUGUCGACGCCACUGCUGCGCCGGUGGCUGCAGCCGCUGGGGAGCCGGCAGUGGUCCCACGCCCGCCGCUGCUUCCGCAGCCGCCGUCGGAGCGGCCCUCGCUGGGCGGCAGCGGCGCCGGCGGCGCAGGCGCGAUGGCUCGGGGGCGGCCCACGCCUCACCUGCGCCAGGGGGCAGGCGCACCGCCACACGGCGGCGGUCUGGUGGCGGCGGGCAGCAGCAUACUGGACCAAUUGGCGCCCGCAGCACCCACAGCACCGGCAGCGCCAACAGCGCCGGCAACGCCAACACCUGCUGCGCAGCCUGCGCGAGCAACCGCACCACCACCACCACCACCAGCAACACCAGCAGCAGCAGCACCACCACCAGCAGCAACAGCUCCAACAGCAACAUCAGCACCUGUUGUCAAGGGCCCAGGCAUGGAGUCCUGGCCCUGGGCGCAGGUGUUCGGCGGCACCACCACCACCACAACCACCAGCGGCAGCAGCGGCCUGGGCUCGCUGCCGCACGAGUGCCUGAUGGAGGUGCUGAAGGCACUGCCAGCCCGCAGCCUGGCCACGGCCAGCGCCGUGUGCCGCGCCUGGCGCCGCGCUUCGCGCGAGCCCUGGCUAUGGGUGCGGCAGCUGUGCGCCGCCGGCUACCCGCUGCCAUACGCAGCCUACGUGGCCGCCACCGCCACGGCCGCAAGGGGCGCUGGUGUAGAUGGCACGGCGCUGCAGCAUCAGCAGCAGGCUCAGUCGACGGGAACGGCAGGCGAGGAGGGCGGCGAGCCCGAGAGUCCAGGACGUGGCGCCGGCCUGGGCGCGCGGGCAGUGGCGGGCGUGCGCGGCAUUCGGGCGGUGAAGGCGGUGCGUGCGGCGGGCGUCGCGGGCAGCCACGAAGACUUCCUCGGCGGCCUGCGGUCAGGCUUCCUGGACCGCCUGCAGGCGCAAGCACAGGACUCUCCUCAGCAGGGCGCAGGCGCAGGCGGCGGCGCGACCGGAAGCGGUGGCGCGGCGCUGCACAUGCCCCGACCGCCGCCGGGCAAGCCGCCGGGCGCAGCUGCCUCCUCCGCCACCUGCUCCGCAGCUUCCACAACUGCCGGGGGCUCCAGAGCGGCGCUGCUGCAGCCGGCCCUGGACCUGAAGGCGAUGCUGGGCCGCAACCGGCGGCUCGAGUCAAACUGGGCCAGCGGCCGUUACGCCGAAAGCCAGCUGCGCGAGCACAGCAGCAAUGUGGAGUGCCUGGCCUUCCAGUGGGUGGAGCCCUGGGGCCCGGUGCUGUGCAGCGCCGCCUGGGAUGGCAGCGUGCGUGUGUUCGCGCUGGGGCCGAGUGAGGUUGGAGGAGGUGGAGGAGGUGGAGGAGGGGUGGUGGCGGCUGCGCCGCCGCAGCAGGUGCGGGUGGUGCGGCGGUACCGCGGCCACACGGGCUGGGUGACAUCCAUGGCGGCGGGGCGGCACGUGGUGGUCACAGCCUCCACGGACCGGCGGGUGGCGGCGUGGCGCUACUCCAGCGAGGCCGAGUCUCCCGCCGCGCUGCUGGACCACCCUGCAGAAGUGACCAACGUGCGCUUCGCCUACGCGCCCAACGCGCCAGCGCCCACGUCCCAACACCCCGCGCCGCAGCUGGUGCCGCUCUCCACGCUAGCGCGCAACCAGCACGGCGCCGGCCCACAGCAGCCCAACACCGAAAGCGACGGCGGCACAGGCAACAGCCCUCUGAGGCAAACAUCUGACCCUGUUCAGCAGCAGCUGCAGCCCUGGAGUGGCAAUGACAGUAGCUUUGGCAGGGGCGGCGGCACAAGCACGGCGCUUUUCAACGCUGGAGGCGCCGCUGCUACUGCCAUGAUCCCGCCGCACGAUGCGCCGUACGAUCCGGCUUGGGAGGACUGGGUUGUCACGGGCUGCGUGGACGGCUGCAUCCGGCUGUGGCACGUGCCCAGCCGCACACUGCUCCGGGCCAUGUCGGGUCACAGCGACGUGGUGUGGAGCUGCCACCCGCUCACGGGCAGCAGCGUGCUUGUCAGCUCAAGCAGGGACGGCAGCACCAAGCUGUGGCAGCUGCCGGCCUUCGCCGCGGCGCAGGACGCAGUUGCCGGGAGGCAGGCAGCAGAGCACGGAGGAGGAGGAGGAGCGCUUGUAGCAGGACCGCGCGCGGCGGGCGCAGGGGACGGAGCAGCAUUGGGCGGUGAAGGACAGGGGCAGGGGCAAGGGCAGGUGGCGGCACCAGGCGCGGCAGGCGAAGCGGCGGACGGAGCUGGCGCGCGGGCGCCGACGCAGGUGGUGGAGGCGAUGGCGACACUGUGCGGGCACAGCUCUCCGGUGUUGUGUAUGGACGUGACCCGAGUGCCUGCGGGUGUGUUGCCGCCGCCCGCGCCGCCCCGUGCAGCGGGCGCACCGCCGUCUCCGCAUCUGGCAGGCCCGGGGCCGGGCGGGCAGCCAGCGCCGCCUCCCGCGGGCGGGGUUGUGAAUGCGCCUAACAACGCCAGCGCGAGGCCCGAUGAGGUGCUGGCCGCGCAUGUGGACCUGCUCUCGUCCCUGGUGCACCUGCUCAACACCAGUCUGGUGGAGCCGCCCGCGCCCGCAUCCCAGGUUCCAAUGGCUUCAGCAGCAACCCCGGAGGCGCCUGCAGGAGCAGGCACACCGGCAGCGGCAGCCAGCCUACCAGCAGCAGGAGGGCGGCCUGGGGCCGCGGGCUCCUCACGUACGUCGCCGGACGCACGGCUCGAUGCCAACGGCGACCCGAUUGAUGGCCUGGGUAGCGUGACAAGGGCGAACAAGGCGGCGGCGGCCGCGGCCGCGGCGGCUGCGGCGCUGCCGGUGUGGCUGGUGGCGACGGGGGGCGCGGACGGCGUGGUGCGUGUGUGGAACCUGGCGUCUGCGUCCGUGCUGAGCACCCUCAAGGGCCACACGGUGGGUGUGCUGUCCGUCAAGUUCGGCUACCUGCCCCGCGCCGCCGCCGCCGCCUGUGAUGAUCAGCUGCUGCCGCCAGACCUAGACGUCAGUGCGGCGGUGCCGCCGCCAGUCGCCGCCGCCGCCGGCAAGGCGCUGCCGCCAGGGCAGUACGGCCUCGGGCUGGCGGCGCCGCCGUCGCUGAUGUCGCCGUUAUUACCAGACGCCAGUGCGAAUACCGCGUGCGCAGCGCUGCUGCCCAAGCGGGCCGCUGCCGGCGGCAGCGUCGAUGCAGCACAGUUAGGCAGGCGUCGGCGACGCGGCGCAGUGCUGCCGCCCUCUCAGCGGCUGGUGCUGGUGACGGGCAGCGUUCGGGAGGUGCGGGUGUGGGACGCGCUGAGCGGAGUAGCGCUGGUGGCGCUAGAGGACCACAGUGGGCCGGUGACCACCAUCAGCCUGGUCCACGGCGCCUUAGUCACGCUGGCCAUGGGGGACGGACUCAUCGUGUACAAGUGCAACGGCCUCGACACGCCACCCACAGCCCCAGCAGGGUCCUCCACCUCCUCCGCCUCCAGCACCACUGGUUUGCCGGAGCAGGUGGGGCGUGGUGGAGGUGCCGGAGCGGCGGGGCUGCGGCCCGGCAGUGCCGGCCCGGGCGCGGCGGCUGCGCGGCUGCGGCAGGCGGUGGCGGCGCAUCGGCGGCCGCUGGAACCCGUGAUCUGCCUGCAGGACGGCGUGCACCACAGCUUCGCCGCCGCGCUGGCGACGCACCUGGAGGGCCUGGCGGUGGGCAGCGGCACCGGCGACAUCACGUAUCUGGACUUCAGGCCGCGCGCCUCGCCGCUGCCCAGCCUCAUUGCGGGCCGGCAGCAACAGCAGGCGGCGGCGCUGCGCGCGGCGGCGGCGGCAGCGGCGGCGGGGGCAGCGGCGCCAGGCCAGGAAGGCGGCGGCGGAGGCGGCUCGGCGUUCGUGCUGCGGUUCUGAUUCAUGUGAAUGGGUGGGUACGGGGUGUGAUGGACCGUAACGCGGCUCGACACUGUCAAGUAGUUCUGUCUUGCGGGUCAGGCGUGCGCGUGGUUGAGUCCGGUCGGGCUGGAGCGUGCGGGGAAUACGUGUGGCAUCCUUACCCGUGGCACCCCGUAUGCUGUUUUUUUUGCUGUACACACCCGUAUUCAUCAUUCAUCAUCCCUCGGUUACUUGCAGUCAGCAAUGAAAACACCAGUUUUACAGUGUUGUGACCAGCGCUUGUGAUUUGGGUUGCGGAAUGGUUCUGGGUUCAUCUGGGUCGGGCCACGGGUCAGGCCAACUACCGGAGGCAGGCCCAACUCCGCCUGACUUCUGCAAUUGUCUAUGGGCGUCCCGGUAGGUUGCUGACAUGAGGUAGAAAGCAGAGACUGACAGCGUAGGCUGCGGUGCGGAUGUUUCAGGGGCAGCUUCACAGGUUGACUUCCCACAGACAGGUUGACUCCAACAGACGACGGUGGGUCGGGCCACGCCCUCACCGGUGAUACGCGUAAGGGCAUCUGUGUUGCGGCACGAGUCACGACUGUUAAGCAGGACUGCCGUCGCGGGCCCAGGCGGUGAAAGCAGCGGCGGAUGGCGCCGGGCGCCAGAAAGCGCGCGAAAGUGGGCCGAUUCUGCGAACCACCCCCGACCA